AUGGAUCCAGACAGUGAUAUUGAGCAGAUGGAUACUGGCUUUGACUCGGAGAACUCCGAUGAAGAGGCAUUUGUCGAUUACUAUGAAAAAAUCGCAAAUGUCAAAGCGAAACUCGCCGAAGAUGAGCACAACGUUAAAUUGAACAAUGAGCUCAUUGAGCUUUUGCACAAAAACGGCGAUUUUGACGAGUUGGCCGAAGCAAGGGAGAGAUUCGCGAAAAGAUUUCCUUUAAAUGAGACAAAUUGGCUAAUUUGGCUCAAAAGCGAGAGGGAAUCGGAGAACUCGAAUAUCGAUACCAUCGAAGCCAUGUUCGAUCGAGCUGUUGCUGAUUCGAAUACGGUGGCGAUUUGGGAAGAGCGAAUCUAUUUCGGUCUCAGUGUUAACCUAAAUUUCGCCAGAGAGAAAUGCGAGCAAGCUCUGUCUGCGGUUGGAACCCGAUUUGACAAGGGCGGUCUCAUUUGGAUGCUUUAUUUCAACACCGAACGCUCUCAUUUUGACAUGCUCCAGGAUCAACACGAGAAGCAGAAGCAUGCAAUGAAUAUAGUCAAUUUGUACAAACGAGCUUUGCGCGUUCCAACCGGCCUUCUUGAAGAUAUUUAUCAGGAGGGAAUUGCGUUCUGCAAAGAAAUUGGAUGCGACAACUUCAUUUCGGAACUGCAAAGCGCCCACGAUACGACGAAGAAGGUUCAGAAAACAUAUGAGGAGCUUGAGAAAGUUCUGAAGAAUGAGAAUACCCGGGCGGAUGGACUUCGCAAAUAUUUAGAGCACGAAACUAAAAAUGGCGAUCCUGGCCGAAUUCAAAUGGUCCAUGAGCGAUUUGUUGAAGCUUAUCCCGAUGAUGAGUACGUCUGGUCGGCGUAUGGUGUUUGGUGUGAGCAGAAGCUCAAAGUGCACUCGGUCACUUGUCAAGUGUAUGAGCGGGCGAUUCGCUUCUGCCCAUACAGCUGCAUUCUUCAUCAGCAGGCGCUUUUAGCGUAUGAGCGAGCUUCGGCGCCUUAUGAGAAAAUUGAGCAGAUUUGGAACUACGCUAAGGAUAAUGUCAUCAAUUCUGCCGACGAUGGCCGCAAUCUAUAUCGUACGUACAUUUAUCUUCUGCGGCGUCGAAUCGCCGCUUCUAGUGAAACACACGAUUAUUCGCCAAUCGCUCAAAUAUUCGAAGAAGGAGCGGCAAAACUGAGGGAAUGGUUCCCGCACAAUUGGGAUCCGCGCGCCGACUAUCGACAGAAUCAGGCGUUCUUCUACGCGCAACUUCUCAAAGAUAUGGACAAAUUCCGAGCGGUUUGGGAUGAUAUAUUGGCUUCGGGAUUCGGCAAAAACGCUCAAAAAUGGAUUGACGGUGCUAAAUUGGAGAGGCAGUUUGGCGAUUUGCAGCAUGUUCGAAAAUUGCUUAAUAAGGCGCUCAACUCGGUUUCCGACAAUGUUAACGACAUUUAUGAGUAUUAUGUGCAAUUUGAACGCGAGGAAGGCACAUUGGAACAACUUGACCUCGUACUGGAGAAGGUGAAUGCUCAAGUCGCACACCGUGCAGCGAGACCGCAAAAGAAGAAGCGGGAGCUUGACGAACCGAAAGAGGCUCCGAUUCGAAAAGCAAAAGGAGAUGGAAGCUUUAAGUCGCCGACGUUGCCUUCUAUUGGGAAUGGUGUGUCGAAGAUAAAGCUGAAGAAUGAUGUGCCGACGAGUUCCGAUAUUCCGGUCGAAGAGGCUAAACGCACGGUGUUUGUGUCGAAUUUGGAUUUCGGCACCACUGAUGAGCAGAUUCGACAGGUUCUUGACGGUGUCGAAUCGGUUCGUUUUGCCACCCGCGCUCAUUCAAAACUUCAUCGCGGUUUCGGCUAUGUGGUUCUCGAAAAACCUGAAUUGGUGGCAAAAGCCCUCGAAAAAGAUCGAGUUCUCGUCAAUGGUCGACCAAUGUUUAUUUCCGAAAACGAUCCCGAAAAGCGUGUUGGCUUCAAAUACGCUACUGGUCUUGAGAAAACGAAAGUUUUUGUGCGAAAUGUUCAUUUCCAAGCCACUGAGGAAGAGAUUAAAGAAGUUUUUUCGAAAUUCGGACCUGUUUUAAGUGUCCGAAUCGUUCGGCACAAAAAUGGUCAACCGAAAGGCGUGGCCUAUGUCGAAUUCGAGACGGAAGACGCCGCUUCCAAAUCGAUUUUAGGAGGCGAUUUGAAAAUUCGAGAUCGCGAAAUCGCCGUUGCUUUAUCGGAUCCGCCGGCGAAGAAGGACAAGAAGGCCGAGAAUCCGAAGGCGACGACGACGAGUGUCGAGAAUGCGUUGCCGCGAAAAGGGCACGCUGGAAUGUUGCAAUUCGUGCCGAGAGCUGCUGCCGGUCAAGGCAGUAAUAGAAGCGGUAGUUCAUCUCCAGCGUCAUCAGGUGGUGAUGACGCGGGUCCUGCAAAGCGGGGAAUGAUCUCCGAGUCGAGUGAUGAUGACGAUGACCAGAGAUCGGCACCUGGUCCAGCUCCACUACUUCAGCAGGACGAUGACGAAGGAUUGGAUAGUGAAAGAGAAGGUGACGUGGCGACGGUAGCGAAGAAGGCUUCAAACCUAUUUGGUGACGACGAUAUCUCGUCUUCAUCUGACGAGGAUGCACCGAAGAAGCGCGCCUCCGAUAAGGACUCAGAUGCGGAGAGCAAAGGAAGUAUUGAUCAAUUACAUGGAAUUGUGAUGCAUGAUCCCGACGAGGAUCCGGAAGUAGAGCAGGAGAAGGAGCACGUGUUGAACACGGAAGCGUCGCUGCCGAAACUUCGAACCGAGUUCGGCGAUGGUCCGUAUUACGCUAGAAUGCCGAAUUUUUUGUCGGUGUCGACGCAUCCGUUCGAUCCGGAAUUGUACGAAGAGGACGAGGAUGACGAUCAGGUGAAAAUGGACGAGGAAGGACGCAAUCGAUUGAAGCUUCGCGUCGAGAACACAAUCCGUUGGCGGCGGACGACGAACGAGGCCGGUGAAGAAGUCCGAGAGAGUAACGCGAAGUUUGUCAAGUGGAGUGAUGGAACUAUGUCGUUGUAUCUGGGAAACGAAAUUUUCGAAGUGACAAUGAUGCCGCUGAAUGCCAACAAUCUUCCACAGUUGUACGGACGCCAAAUUGGUGGAAUGACUUGUCAAGCAAUUUUGCAAAAAAGAAUCACGUUUCGACCGCAUUCGACCGAUUCGCAAACACAUAGAAAGGUCACUCUCAAUAUGGCGGAUCGUACCCGGAAAACCGGACAAGUCAAGGUUAUGGAUGACGUUGGACACAAUCCAGAGAUUUUACGACGGGAAAAUGCGAGAAAGGAGGAGGAAGCACUUAGAGCUUACAUGCGUCGCACCCAAAUGGUGCGCAACACGUUCAGGCCAAGGAAUCGAUUUGGUGGAAUGGGCGGUGGUGGCGGCUACUCGGACGAUGAAGAGAUGCCGUCGAGAAAAUCGAAGGGAAAGAAGAAGGAGGCACCGAUUAUAGGCGCCAGCUCGGAUGAGAGCGAUGAAUCUGAGACGAAGAAUAAAAAGAGCGACGAGAGCGAUUCGGAUGAGGAAUACCGAAAACGGAAAAUGCAGCAGAAGAAGACGAUUGUCACCAGUGACGAGGAGUCCAGCUAG